CCCAAGGGCAACACUGGAAUAUGAAUGUUGAGGCACCCAGGCAGCCAAAAAUUGUCAAGGAAAAACAUAAAGGGGAUUUCGUUGCCAAUUAGAAGCAGCAGCAGCUCUCAUUUUUUAAAGGGCUUAACGGCAGGAGUAGUCAGAAUCCUGCGAUUGUUUCCGUCGAAAGAGUCGGGACUGUAAAUUAUGACAACAAGAGACAGUUAUUUUUAGUUUUGAAGGUCGGUAGGUACAAAUAAUUGAUAAGAGUAAAAAAGGCAGAGAUGUUCUCACUCUUUUAUGGAUUUUGGAAGUACCUAUUUAGUAAGACAGAGUUUCAUGUACUCAUUCUUGGAAUCGACAAGGCUGGGAAAACAACUUUGUUAGAGAAGUUGAAGACCGUAUACUCAAACUUGGAAGGCCUACCACCUGAUCGAAUUGUUCCAACUGUGGGACUUAAUAUUGGUCGGAUUGAAGUGUCAAAUACGAAACUUGUAUUAUGGGACCUGGGAGGCCAGCCUGGUCUUCGCUCAAUUUGGGAGAAAUACUAUGAAGAGGCGCAUGCUGUGAUAUUCGUAGUGGAUGCUGCUUGUCCUUCACGUUUUGAAGAUUCAAAAUCUGCACUUGAGAAAGUUCUUAGACAUGAGGAUCUGCAGGGAGCCCCUCUCCUGAUAUUAGCAAACAAGCAGGAUCUCUCUGAAGCGGUAUCAGCUGAAGAACUUGCCCAAUAUCUGGAUCUUAAAAAAUUGGAUGAAAGGGCUUACAUGUUUGAGGCUGUUUCUGCUUUUGAUGGGAUGGGGAUUAAAGAAGCUGUGGAGUGGUUGGUUGAAGUAAUGGAGAGAAGCAAAAGAACUGAGACGUUGAGAAUUCGAGCAGGUGUAACCGGUCCUACUUAGAGCUUAAAGGGAAAGAUACCAAG